AUGCGUGAAGUCAUCUCCAUCCACGUCGGUCAGGCCGGAGUCCAGAUCGGAAAUGCCUGCUGGGAGCUCUACUGUCUGGAGCACGGCAUUCAGCCCGAUGGCAAGAUGCCGUCCGACCAGAAGUCUGACGACUCCUUCACGACCUUCUUCAGCGAGACCGGUACUGGACGCUACGUCCCCCGGGCCAUCAUGGUCGAUCUGGAGCCCACCGUCGUUGACGAGAUCCGAACGGGCACCUACAAGCAGCUCUUCCACCCCGAGCAGAUGAUCACCGGCAAGGAAGACGCCGCCAACAACUAUGCCCGUGGACACUACACCAUUGGCAAGGAGAUCAUCGACCUGGUGAUGGAUCGCGCCUACCACGAGGCUCUCUCGGUUCAAGACAUCACGAACAUGUGCUUCGAGCCUGCCAACCAGAUGGUCAAGUGCGAUCCUCGCCACGGAAAGUACAUGGCCGUCUGCCUCCUGUACCGCGGAGAUGUCGUGCCCAAGGACGUCAAUGCCUCGAUCGCGUCGAUCAAGACCAAGCGCACGAUCCAGUUCGUCGACUGGUGCCCUACCGGCUUCAAGGUUGGCAUCAACUACCAACCACCGACCGUUGUUCCCGGCGGCGACAUCGCCAAGGUCCCACGCGCCGUCUGCAUGCUGUCCAACACUACCGCCAUCGCCGAGGCUUGGGCCCGCCUUGACCACAAGUUCGACUUGAUGUACGCGAAGCGCGCCUUCGUGCACUGGUAUGUCGGCGAGGGCAUGGAGGAGGGCGAGUUCAGCGAAGCACGUGAAGAUCUGGCUGCCCUGGAGAAGGAUUACGAAGAGGUCGCCGUUGACUCGAACGAAGGUGGAGAUGGACAAGAAGAAUAU